GGAACGCGGCCGCAGCGGCGGCCCUCGUGGGAGGCGGAGCCACCGCUGCUGCCGCCGCAGCCCGGGUCGGGAUUUGAAAGAUUAAGAAGUCCCGGCUGAAAGGACGGCGGCGUUAAAUGCGUGGCGGAAGCGGUGGGGACCACGGCUUGGCGAGGGGCCGAGCAGCCGGCAGCGUCUCCACAGCAUGAAUCACUCGGGCCUCGGGUCCCCGCGGAGCCUCGAGCAUAACGGCCGGGGCAGCGGUGGCGCCGCCUGGGAGCUGGGCUCGGAGGCAGACCCAACGUUCCGAGGUAGCGUCUGCUGCUUCGACCACCUGCCCAGCCGGGACCCGGGCGACGGCGAAGUGCCCCUGGCCCUGCUGCGCGGGGAACCCGGGCUGCACUUGGCGCCGGGCGCGGAGGAUUCCAACCACCACCUAGCGCUCGAGCCUUGCCUCAGUGACGAGAACUAUGACUUCAGCUCCGCGGAGUCCGGCUCCUCGCUGCGCUACUACAGUGAGGGCGAGAGCGGCGGCGGCGGCAGCUCCUUGUCCCUGCAGCAGUCGCCGCUGGUGCCGUCGAAUUCGGGGGGCGGCGGGGCGGCUGGAGGGGGUCCAGGGGAAAGGAAGCGACCUCGGCCCGGCGGUGCAGCCGCCAGGCACCGCUACGAGGUGGUGACGGAGCUGGGCCCGGAGGAGGUGCGCUGGUUCUACAAGGAGGACAAGAAGACCUGGAAGCCCUUCAUCGGCUACGACUCGCUCCGCAUCGAGCUCGCCUUCCGGACCCUGCUGAAGGCCACAGGCGGCCGACCCCAGGACGAGGACCCCGACCGUGACCAUGUGUGUGGCCCGUCCUCCUCCACGGGCCUGGCCUCCAGUUUUGGGGAGGACGACCGGGAGGACCGCGUCUGUGGCUUCUGCCCGCGCAGCGCGAGGCACGAGCCUGAGAUGGAGCAGCUGGUGAACAUCGAGCGGGUGUGUGUGCGCGGCGGCCUCUACGAGGUGGACGUGACCCAAGGAGAAUGCUACCCGGUGUACUGGAACCAGUCUGAUAAAAUACCAGUAAUGCGUGGACAGUGGUUUAUUGAUGGUACUUGGCAGCCUCUAGAAGAAGAAGAAAGUAAUUUAAUUGAGCAAGAACAUCUCAACUGUUUUAGAGGUCAGCAGAUGCAAGAAAGUUUUGAUAUUGAAAUGUCAAAAUCCAUAGAAGGAAAAGAUGGCAGUGGAAUCAACUAUUCUGUUGUCUACCACCUCCCUCCCUUCUCCUUCCCUUUUCUGUUCAAAUGGAGAGGAUAUAAGGAGAGUACAGAAGCAGCAGGUCUUAAACGAAAGCGUUCCCAAGCUAUUCGUAGUUUCAAGUUGAGUCGAAACCACGUGGACUGGCACAGUGUGAAUGAAGUGUAUCUUUAUAGUGAUGCAACAACAUCUAAAAUUGCAAGAACAGUUACCCAAAAACUGGGAUUUUCUAAAGCAUCGAGUAGUGGGACCAGACUUCAUAGAGGUUAUGUAGAAGAAGCCACAUUAGAAGACAAGCCAUCACAGACUACCCAUAUUGUAUUUGUUGUGCAUGGCAUUGGGCAGAAGAUGGACCAAGGAAGAAUUAUCAAAAAUACAGCCAUGAUGAGAGAGGCUGCUAGAAAAAUAGAAGAAAGGCAUUUUUCCAACCAUGCAACACAUGUUGAAUUUCUGCCUGUUGAGUGGCGGUCAAAACUUACUCUUGAUGGAGACACCGUUGAUUCCAUUACUCCAGACAAAGUACGAGGUUUAAGGGAUAUGUUGAACAGCAGUGCAAUGGACAUAAUGUAUUAUACUAGCCCACUUUAUAGAGAUGAACUAGUUAAAGGCCUUCAGCAAGAGCUGAAUCGAUUAUAUUCCCUUUUCUGUUCUCGGAAUCCAGACUUUGAAGAAAAAGGGGGUAAAGUCUCAAUAGUGUCACAUUCACUGGGAUGUGUAAUUACUUAUGACAUAAUGACUGGCUGGAAUCCAGUUCGACUCUAUGAACAGUUGCUGCAGAAGGAAGAAGAAUUGCCUGAUGAACAAUGGAUGAGCUAUGAAGAACGACAUCUGCUUGAUGAACUCUAUGUAACAAAACAACGGCUGAGAGAAAUAGAAGAACGGCUGCAUGGAUUGAAGGCAUCAUCUAUGACACAAACACCUGCCUUAAAAUUUAAGGUUGAAAAUUUCUUCUGCAUGGGAUCCCCACUGGCAGUUUUUCUGGCAUUACGUGGCAUUCGCCCAGGAAACACUGGAAGUCAGGACCAUAUUUUGCCCAGAGAGAUUUGUAACCGGUUACUAAACAUUUUUCAUCCAACAGAUCCAGUGGCUUAUAGAUUAGAACCGUUAAUACUGAAACACUACAGCAACAUUUCACCUGUCCAGAUCCACUGGUAUAAUACUUCCAAUCCUGUACCUUAUGAGCAUAUGAAGCCAAGCUUUCUCCACCCAACAAAAGAACCUACCUCAGUUUCAGAGAAUGAAGGCAUUUCAACAAUACCAAGCCCUGUGACCUCACCUGUUUUAUCCCGCCGACACUAUGGAGAAUCUAUAACAAAUAUAGGCAAAGCAAGCAUAUUAGGGGCUGCUAGCAUUGGAAAGGGACUUGGAGGAAUGUUGUUCUCAAGAUUUGGACGUUCAUCUACAUCACAGUCGUCUGAGACAUCAAAAGACUCAGUAGAAGAUGAAAAGAAACCAGUUGCCUCGCCUUCUACUACCACUGUGGCAACACAGACCCUUCCACAUAGCAGUUCUGGCUUUCUUGAUUCUGCAUAUUUCAGACUUCAGGAGUCGUUCUUUAAUCUCCCACAACUUCUUUUUCCGGAAAAUGUAAUGCAGAAUAAAGAUAAUAGCCUCGUGGAAUUGGAUCACAGAAUUGAUUUUGAACUCAGAGAAGGACUUGUGGAGAGCCGCUAUUGGUCAGCUGUGACAUCACAUACUGCCUAUUGGUCAUCUUUGGAUGUUGCCCUCUUUCUUUUAACCUUCAUGUACAAACAUGAGCACGAUAAUAAUGCAGACCCCAAUUUAGAUCCAAUUUGAACUCUUGAAGGACAUUUAUGGCCCAAUACUGAUUUUUUUUCCUGUUAAAAUGUAUGUGUCAAGAUAAUAGACAUUUCAGGUUUAAGUAUAUUUCAGUUUUGUUUAGGGCAAGAAAUAUUUAAGUUUAAGAGCACUUUAUUUUAAAAACAAAACAUUUUCAGUCCAAAAGAAGUUACUUACAGUUUUCAUCAUUUUAAUUAUGAGUCUGACAGAACCCCCUACGGAGAAUCAAGCAAGACUUUGAAAUAAGGAACGUUUGGGUGACCUGCAAGCUUAUAAUCUAAUUUCUCCCAAAUAUAAAGGCAUAUUAAUGGGUUGAAUCUAAUGCAUUAACCAAAAUAUGUUAUAAAUCUAAAAUGGUCAAUAUCUAGUAUAUUCUAUACAAAGUGAUAUCAUUGUUUUCAAUUUCUAUGAAGGCUUUCAUUUCUACAGUUCCUUUGGAAGAAGAGCAUAACAGAUUUAAGUGUUUUGAUUUAACUUGUUUAGCAAAACUAAUGUUAAAAAAGAAACUAUUUGAACUACUGUAUUUAUAAUUUAUUACCUCUAAUUGCUUUAUUUCAAAGUAUAAAACAUUUUUUUAAUUUUUCCUUUGAACAAUUUAAGAACCACAUUUAGUGUUAAGACCCUUUUUUCCCCCAGAAGUUCACCUUUGUACUCUUCAGAUGAAUGUAUAGACACUGUGGCAUAUUUUGAGUAUUUUUUUUUCAUUAAAAACUUGUAGUUUCACACAAAUAACACUAGUUGAAUUAUUUUGAAAAAUAGAACUUUUUAUUAUGUCACAUGAACCUCAGAGAAAGUUCAAGUUUUCUAAACACAGAACUCUAUAAUGAGUACAUUUCAUUAACUUUAUUGGAAAAUUUAGUAAACUUCUUUGGAAUUGGGAGUAUAAUGACGAUUUUAAAUACAUAAACAUCUCCGUGCCAAACAAUAUAUAUAAAGGGAUGGCAUGCCGCUAACAGACCUUAUUGUUGAAGUGUUUAAGAAUACACGGUGGAGACAUACGGCACAAUACAUCAGGAUUCCGCAGAGUUUUCCUCAGCUGUAAUUAUUUCCACAGUGCUUUUCAUCUGAGGAGCUCAAAGUGCUAUAAAAGUUAAUAAUCUAUGUAGUAUCUCCUUGAGGUAAGUAAAUGAGUGUUAUUCUCGUGUUAACAUGUUAAUUCCCUAAGGCACCAAAACUUUUAAAGUGCCUUGAAUUAGAUUACAGAGCAAAUCAGAAGAGCUCAGAUUGAAGCCAGACCAUAUACUUUUAUAUCAGUGACUAAUAAUUUACUUGUUACCUCUUAGUAGUUUGCAAACAAUAACAAGAAGUUCCGAUUCAUAAUUUGGAGAAGUGACUGUGAAGCCAGUAUUUUACUCUGCUUGUCUUACACAUUCUUGGGUUCUCACACACAAAGGAAAAGUUACUUAGAAGGGAUCAUUGGCCAUCUUUGCCCCAACCAAUCCUCACUUCUGAGUGGCUGCCACUAGGUUCCUCUCAAGGUGCUGUCUUUGCUUAUUGUACAAGGAUUUUUCUUAGCUUCCCAGUAAUCGUCACCAUGGGUGCACAGGUCGUAGCUGCACAUCUCACCUGCUGUUAUUUAUGAGGUAGUGGGAUCUGUGGCUUACAUGUAGGUUUUAUUCAGCACCAUCAGUUCUCAUCUAUUUUGGCCUUUCGUUGAAUUUGUACAACAUAGAACACUUCGUUUUAGUGUUUAAAAAAGAUUCCAAGGUUCCAUGACCAAAUGUGUGACCUAGAAACCCUUGCCAUAAAAGGCUUGAGAUCUUAGUAAAGCUGAAGUAAUCUCUCUUAAAUUUAGAGAUUCCUGUGAACUCAGGUCAUCUCCCUGCCCUGUUUAUUUCGUAGGCCAAAUUCAGUUCUCAGGAAAAUUAAAACUGGCAUCUCAUAUGAUUAUUCCUAAACGUACUUGAGCAUACGUUGCUGUGGGUAGGAUGACACUCAAAUACCUAAGAGCGGUAAGGAAUGCAUUCCUGACCACUAGAAUGUGAAGAGCCCUUGUUACCUGAGAGGAAAGUCUGUUACACCUUUUCAUUUGCAAUGAGUAAGAAGAAAAUGACCAGUAUAUUCACAUAGCUAUAAGAAUAUGUCUACUUCCCUUUUUCCAUAUUGAGGAAACAAAAUCAAAUUUAACCACAUGCAAUUUGAAUUCUUGAAAAGAGCAACGUUCAAAACCCCCUUUUCAAAGUGAGAUAGUCUGGAUUACUGGACAGUUUCAUUUUCUGUUCAUUACUUCAUCAGUAGGGGUGGCAGUUUUGAUCCUAUAAUGCUCUUCUUCUUGCUUCCAUGUGUCUGCAUGUUAUCAUGGAAUGUACUUGUAUAUACUCAAGUAAUAUACAGAGUAUGUGUAAUUCUGGCUUGGUUUAGAAGCUAAAUCAGUUACUGAGUAACAUUUUGCAACUUUAUUCCAGCAAGUACUGAAUUGGCCAAAAAGUUAUGUUUUUGAUACCAUUAAAAUUUUAUUCUCUAUUUUGUGUACAUGCUAUCAUGAUUCUUCUGAGUACUGGUUAGGUCGUUCAGUUUCAAUCCAGUUAGGUUCCCUAGUUCUUUAAACUUACAAUAAGGAAAAUGUAUUGAAUUCAGUAUUGCUUAAUUUUUACUUUAAAAUGAAACUUUGCUGAAGCCCUUUGUUCACAACAUCACUUUCAAUAGUAAUUAUACUUAUGUUAUAAUCCACUGUUACUGUUUCAGAACAUAAUUACAAAAUGUACUCAGUUUUCCAAUAACUACUACUUUAUAUGUGAGUCAAGCCUUAGGAAUCUUAAGUUUUCUUUCUUUCUGUUAAACAGCAUCUGCUGGCCCUCAGAAAUUCUCAGACUGAAUGUGUUCUACAGAAGCCUUCAGAAGGUGAUGUGUAAACAUUCAUCCCCAUUCUGUUCCUCUCUGUAUUUUUGUUUCGGGCUGAAGCAUCCUGGUCUACAAGGCAUUUAUUUCACACACCACCACCCACCCAGCUUUGUGUUCCCCCAAAGAGCAGACAGAGGAAAAGAAAGAGCAGUGCAGUGUCUCGGCUAGUCCUGCCAUUCACUCCAGUGGAGCCGGACCAAGCCUAGAGAUUUCACUGUGAGGCCUAUAGCAGGGAGAAAAUAAUUGAGUUGCUUCCUGGUGAGUUAGGUUGGUUCAUAUUUCUGUCUUUUAAGCUACCAAUAAGGAAUUGGGACAACUGAGAAAACUAAUUUGAAUGUAUUUCUUACUAUUGUUUUUGAAAACUCUUUUGUUUGUCUGGAGAUACGGUAAAGAAGAAGCAUGAUGUUGAAGAAGGGUCAGGGCAGAGCUAAAGCGAGGAUGUGGCAGUCACACACAUUGGAGCAAGAACUAGAAUCUGACUGAACUGUAUGAGUAUUGGCUGGUUGACUUCUAUCAUCAUGCUCAAGUCAUCGCUUUCCUUGCUCUGCUGUCAUCCUGGGCCUCAGCCUCUACCAGGAAUUGGAUGGUACUCUGGCUGAAUUUGACACAUUUAUUAAAUGUUUUGGUGGUUAGGUAUGGGCAGAACAUAUAGUUUCCUAUCGUUAAUUUACCUACAUGAACUUGUUGUGCCUGCAAAGAGCACACUUGGGAGGAAGCGUCCUCACUGAACACUUAACUCUAUUACCUCCAGAGUGGGUCUAGGGAACUCCCACACUGUCUCCCAAAUAUCUCCUUUUGUAUUUACGAAGGGUGAGAAGGAAGUUAGUUGCCAAGGAAAUUUCUGUAGUUUCAAACUUAGAGCAGAUACAGAAAGGCAGGAUAUACAAUUUCAUCUCAAAGGUCUUGUUUAGUAAACAACAUUAGGGCUGUGAUGGGAACAGCCUGGGUUGCAUAUGUCCUGUUUCAUACUUCAGUGGAUGUUUGUGAUAGUUUUCCAAAAAAUUCUUAAAAUUUAAGUGUUUGCACAAAUUUAGAGGUCAUCUAGUCCAGCCCUGUUUUAGUUCCAUGCAAGCAUUUAAACAGCAUGAAGGUCAUGAAAAGUAAAGUGAAGGGGCAGCACGUUAGAUUCAGCUCCAAGAUUCAAUGAAAGACUAAAUACACAGCAGGAGAGGAGGAAAUCGAUGGGGUCUCUAAGGAAAAAUGUCAGUAACAAUAGAAUUCUCGAGCUGGAAGGGAUUUAGAGAUCAUUUUCCAAAGCAUGGGCUACAGGUGUUAACUGAUGUCUCAGAAAAUAAGUUUGGGAAAUGCCAAAUUUAAGAGAUUCCUUUCUAGAAGGGCUUUGGGAGUCUUUGAUAUACUAAAUGCAAAGUGAGUCUGUCUAGUGCUGUGGGAGGUGGAGAAGGGGGAGUUUUUCCAAACUCACUGAAACAGACUUUUUAAAAAUUAGAAGAUACGUAGAGAAAUGCUGAUUGCAUCUAAUUCCUUCAUUUUAUGGAGACUCAUCCCUUCAUGUGAUUACUUCAUUUGACAAGUGACUGCUCCCACCCUUUAAGAUCACAUGACCAGCCAAAGACAGGGACAGAAUUAGAAUCUAGUCCCAGUCCCCAGCUAUGCCUUCCACCUUGCUGCCUAUUUCCUUCCCCUGGUAGAUAGGGAACUCCUAAAGGGUAGAAACCACCUCUGUUCGUUCUCCAGGCCUCCUCCCCAUCCUUCGCACCCCCGCCCUCUUUGUAACCUGAUGCCUUAGGUGCUGCAAACUUCUAGCAGGUAUCUCCAGGCUUGAGUUCCCUUGAAAGAGAGCCCUACCUGGUCUAGACAGACUUCCUUUCAUGGGUCAGAUUCAAAAUACCCAGGAAAAAGAAAAGCAAAAGGAUGAAAAAAAAUUAAAAAACAAAAUACCCAGGAAACCCUUUGUUAGCUUUUCACUCUGGUGACAAACACAAACUUGUUAGGGAAACAAGUUGCAUAGCGUAAAAUGUUUAAUAUUCUUUUCAUUUCAAAUGUUUAUAUGUAGCCUUUGAUCAAUUCAUGACAAGCUGGUCCCUUUUAAAACUAUUCCAACAUAGGUUAACUAAUAGAAAUUUUAAAUUUCAAGUACUAUACAUUUUGGAGAAUGGGAGAAAAGAUUUUGCUGCUGUGUGUGUGUGUGUGUUCUCCAAAAAUAGUCUCUUGGCAAAUAAUUAGCAUGAACUUUUCCUCUGCCUUUGUGUUCAAAGAAGGGUGGGAGUGUGCUUAGUAUUGUCUGUCACCUUAUGGUUUUUCGUUUAUCCUAACAGGGUGCGACUGGCUUCCUCCCCACCCUGCAGUUGUCAGGAUAUGUUGGGAAGCUGGGUCUUCUGUUGGAGUAAGACGAAAAACAAGUAUAUUAAUGCUUCACCUUUAAUACCUUCUCCUGGAAGCACCAGCUAUCAAUGGGCACCAUUCAUAUUUCCCUUGACUGCACCCACAUCCACCUCCAUCUCUGCUUGAGCUCUGAAAACAGUUGAUUCCCUGUGAGCUUUGCAUUAGAAAGGUGUAACCAUUUUCUGGUUCUGAGGCUGUCAUCAAACAAACUGCCAGUAAGGGUCUGGGGAGUUUUUUGCUUUUUGCUCUUAGGUACAUUUCUCAGAAGCAGCUAGCACUGUCCUCAGACCCACAAGAGGUUUUCUGUUUUCAGUUUCUAGGACCUCUUAGGUUCUAAUAGUAGUACUAUAUGUUGUCAGUGACUGUGGUGACAACAGAGAAAGUGCCUUUUUUUCCUUUGUUACCUUUUGUUUUCAAUAGUCCGGGCAAGUUAAUUUUCUCAGAAUCUUCAAUUUUACUGAAGGAUUAUCUCCGCAGUGAUCCGUUUGGACAGGAAAAGAAGGAACUUUCAUUUUAGAAUUGUCCAGUUUUUAUGCUUCUCCUUUGGAACUAUGUAUAUGCACAUUGAAUAAUUUUAAGGCAAUGAGAAGUAAAUGUACUUUUCUGGAUUACACUGUG